AAAUUUUUUCUUUUCCAGUCCUCUGGAGCGCCCCUUCUUAUCUCUCGCCCCCCUCCCUUUCUCACAAACACACAAGCCAAAGCAUAUCCAUCCCUUCGUGUUAUUGUCUUUCUCUCUCUCUCUCUCAACCCUAGAGGUAAACUCGCUACCCCUGCGGCGCUGACUCGCCCGAGUCUUACCGAUUUCCGUCACUCCCCCACCGAUUCUCACCGGUUUUCGUCGUUUCUUCACAGGUUUCGCCAUGAAGGGAGGUAAAUCCAAGGCCAAAGCUGAUAACAAGCUUGCCGUGAAAAAGAGAGGCGGUGAGACUAAGAAAGCGAAGAAAGCUGUCAAGGAUCCAAACAAGCCGAAGAGGCCUCCGAGUGCUUUCUUCGUGUUCAUGGAGGACUUCCGCAAGACGUACAAGGAAAAGCAUCCAAACAACAAGUCCGUUGCAGCCGUCGGUAAAGCUGGAGGAGACAAAUGGAAACAGCUCACUGAUGCUGAGAAAGCUCCUUUCAUAGCCAAGGCUGAGAAAAGGAAGCAGGAAUACGAAAAGAGCAUGCAGGCCUACAAUAGAAAACAGGCCGGGGAAGCUGCCGAUGAGGAGGAAUCUGACAAGUCAAGGUCAGAGGUGAACGACGAUGAGGAGGAUGAGGACGGGAGUGCAGAGGAUGAUGAUGAUGACGAUGAUGAUGAGUAAAGGAAAUAUGUGUCAGCUUUGUGUAGGGGGAUCUGAAGAAAUAUGUGAUGAUGACCUUUCCAUUAGUUUAUAGCAGUUUCUCUUUCCUGUUUUGCUUUCUUUUGUUUUAUGUUUUUUUCGGAAGGAGGGUUAGAUGGGAAGGGGAAAGAUUUACUUCUUAGACAAGUUAGAGCUGUUGGGAGAAAUCCACUGCUCUGUGUACUUUAUUAUUAUGAUGAUGAUUACGUUUCUUCAAUCCAUUAUGGUUAAUGAUAAUUUCUUAGCUAGGAUUUUGUCUUUUUUU